AUGUCAGAGGAGGUAAAAUUUUCGGCAUUCCCGAAAUUUAACGAUCUGCCUAUCGAAUUACGCCAUUGCGUCUGGGAGCUAGCUAUCCCGGACGAUAUCCCGGAGAUAUGUAUCCCGUGGCCGUUGGAGGAGGAGCCAGUACGCUGGCCACACGACCACGUCGGCCAUGUUAGGUCAACAAACUAUCUACAACCAUUCCUUGUGGACACAUGUUUCCCUACUAUUAUGCAUGUUUGCCAGGAGUCACGUUACUUGGCGAUAUCUCGGUUGCGAUUUCGAUACUCACACAUAGCGGGUUGUCCCGUGCCAUUCCGCGCAUUUCGCCCCGACCUGGAUAUCGUCUACAUAACCCUUUGCCGGCCUCCUACUGAUAUCAAUGCAGUGCCUAGGUGGGGCAGAUAUCCUCCUGGCACGCGGCAUGUAGCAUUAGACUUGCAUACUAUCAAGGACGGCAGUUUUCUCUGGAUUCUGCUCAGCGACCCGUCCUUGGAUCUGCGGACUAUGUCUUGCAUACUUCCCGCGUCUGAAGCCAUUCUAGAUACGGCAGUUCGGUUUCGGCCUCCGGUACGACGUUGUCGGCUCCGCGAAGUCGGGAGACCCUCCAAUGGUUCGGAGAAUAAUAUCAUCUAUGUAGACCGCGGUUAUGAUAGGCGCAUGACUGGGAUGGGCCGCUAUCUGGAGGAGGUACGAGACACGGUGAGCACCGAGUUCGCCGAAGUCCUCGAAAUCCAGGAGGUACCAGAGCAGUACUUGCGUCGAUGGAAUGAUGCAGAAGUCAGGUUCGAUAUCGAACUUUUCGCGAGGACGUUCGAAGAGUAUCGGGGUCGGCGUUGGGUACCUAGCUCAGAACAUCCCGUCGGGUUCGACUGCCAAUCCAUCAUAUUUCCCGCCUCGUGGCAAGCCCUCGAUAGUGCCAGAACCUACCGGGUCAGCGAGCUGGAAAGAUGGACACCUUUGAGAAAUCCCGAGACGUUUCGCGUCAAUGAUAUCCAACAGAACGAGGUACCCUUUGAAUGA